AUGGAUGAGGAUGAGGAUAAGAAAAAGGAUAAGGAUGGGGAUAAGCAUAAAAAUAAUGAUCAGGAUAAUGAUAAGGAUAUGGAUAAGAACGAAGAUAAGAAUCUUCAAUGUAGCAUCGCCGCACUACGCACGUAUCUAGUGAAUAAAUCCGCGCCAAUUUCAGUUGUCAUGCAUGGACAUUUCGUGUUGAUUUUCGUGUUGAAAUACGCGAUUGAGUCCGAUGCGACUUAUAGCAUGGAGUUGCCGGACACCUUGUGUAACUCAACGAUACGCUACAAUGUGAGAUAUGCAGUGAGCACUAUUGUGAAUAGAUACUUCGUGCCAAGCUCCAGCGACAUGAUGGUGUCCGCCCAUGCGAAGCACAAGCAAUCGUGGCGGCUCAUGCAGGAUUUGCUCACUUGUGCGGCGCCAUUUAUGUUUAACAUCAAACUGCAAAUCGAAACCUUGGACGCGCCACGCUUCGCAACCCACGCAAGAAAUUACAAUCUGCUGCUUAUUGAUGGAAUGCAGGCGUUAAAUGAGCUGGAUCCAGCAUUGUAUACGAAGGACUUCGAUUUCCCCGAGCACUAUUUGAUACUCCUAAUAGACCCAGACACAUCUCUUAUGCCGAAUCUGCUCAUCACCAGCAUCUUGAGCUACUUCUUUCGCAACUAUCUCAUCAACGUCAGCCUCUUGUAUGAGAGUAAGCCCAAUUAUGUCGAAGUCUACACAUAUUUUCCUUUCAUGGAUAGAAGUGCGUGUAAGGCGAACAACGUGCGUUUAAUAAAUGCGUAUAAUGGCACGUGGGCAAAGCCAUUGACGACGAAUAUCUUUCCCAACAAGCUCACGGAUUUUCAGAAUUGCUCGCUCACAGUGGCUGUCUGGGAUUCGCCGCCCUAUUUAAGUUACUACCCCAAUAGAAGUGGCUUUGCGCAGUUGGGUUCUUUCGAAGGCGAUAUGCUCGUCGAGUUAGCGAAGAAGCUCAACUUCAGCAUGGAGCUGGUGGAGCCAGCGAACGAUGAGCAACGCGGUCGCUACUUGGAGAAUGGAAGCCUAACUGGCGCCUUGCAAUUGCUGCAUGAUCAUAUGGCGGACUUAAGUUUGGGUUGUUUCCGUUACACUGUAGAACGUUGCGCGCUGCUCACUGGUGCACUGCCGUACUAUCAGACCUGGCAAAUAUUUGGUGCCCAGUUGACUGGUGACACCUACUCAUCCCUGGAAAUAUUCACAUUCCCCUUCGACGCGGGGACUUGGUUUGGAAUCGUGUUUAGUUUCCAAUUAAUCCUGCUUCUAGCCUAUAUUGUAUACCAUCGCAGCAAGGAAUCAGCGCUUGCUCACAUUAUGAUUGGCUACCCGAGACCACGAUCACCCUUAAUCAACGCAUACAGCUUGUUUCUCGGUAUUGCCGUGCAACGAACUCCACGCACAAACUUCGCACGUUUUGUACUGAUUAUGUGGAUUAUUUAUGGCUAUGUGAUGCGCAGUGCCUAUCAGAGCUUUCUCUAUCAACUACUACAAACUGAUCUCUACCGUACACCCCCACAAACUGUCUUCGAACUCAUCGAAGCCGGUUACUCGCUCGUAAUGACCCCGUCGACACUGCGCACAGUGAGUGUGGCCCCCCUGAUACGUAGCGGUCGCAUACCAAUUAUAUUAAACAACAGCUCAUAUGAAUGGAAGUCCUACGAAAUGGUGGAGCAAAUAGGUGGAAAGUUGGCUGGCGUUUCGCCAAAAGACUAUCUCACUUACUACGUGAUGUCGAGGGGUGAACGCGGUGCUUUCUAUGUACUGCCCGAUCGAUUCUUUGCUCACCACAUCACCAUAUACUUCCCGAAGCAUAGCUACUUGAUUGAUCGGUUCAAUUUCUUGCUCAUGCAACUACGCAGCGAAGGUCUGAUCGAUUACUGGGCUGCGAAGUAUCUAGACGUGAGUUACUUUGAUCCAGUUGAGGCCGUGGACAAUGAUGCGCUGGACUUAGACGACCUGGGUGGAUUGUUUUUGAUGUACCUGGCGUUGGUUGCCUUGGCGACGCUGUAUGCGAGCAAGCGUCAGACUCACGCUUAUCAGGCGCAGCUUAUCGAAGCUGUGAUGGUAUAUUUGCAGCGCCGGCACUAUCGUAUCUUCCUUAUGGAGGAGGAAACGCUCUUCGGCAAUGAGUCUCACUCUGACUGGGGAGAUUUUUCUGAAGCUGCAAUUUGGUUCAUCGACAGCUGGAACUCCUUUGACGAGCUAGCGAUGGAUUUGGAAGACCCCAAGAGCACAUACAAACGCAGUGGUUUGUUUGUACUCGUCUACACCGGCAACGAAAGCGAACGCUUAACAACAGUUAAGCGUAUAUUCACCCGUUUUUUCGAACUUUUCGUUAUAAAUGUAAACGUUUUCUUGCUAAUGGACACAACUGCGUUUGUAUACACCUAUUUCCCGUUUACGCCGAAUAAGUGUCAUUCGGCCAAGCCCGAACUGCUCUUUUCGUUUCGCAACAACCAGGCAAGGUUCAAACUCAAAGGUCACCAAAGAUUUUUCCCUCCUAAAGUGCGCAAUUUGCAUGGUUGUGAGUUGGCCAUAGUGACAUGGCACGAUCCACCAUUUAUAGUUUUGGAUCAAGAUCCGGUUAGCGGUCGCAUCAAAUCGGUCGAAGGUAUCGAGGGCUUGCUGAUUACCAUUUUAGCAGAAGCCAUGAACUUUACUAUAAGAAUUGUGGAUCCACAACCUCGAGAUCGCGGAGCUAUUUAUGAAAAUGGCACACUUACCGGCGUCACAAAAAUGAUAGCGGAAGCCAACGCAAAUAUUACGAUUAUAUACAUAAUGUAUGAGAAAAAACGUGCCCAAGUUAUGGAUGCGACCUUUUCGUACAUGAGCUUUCCUUUAUUGCUCGCCAUACCGCAUGGACGCCCACUCUCUCCGUUGCAGCGUCUAUUGAGACCUUUUAAGUUCAUAAUUUGGACGCUGAUUGGCUCCAAUAUCGUGCUGGCCGUGCUCCUCAUAUACGCACUCAAAUUUCUAGGCAGCAACCGUCUCGUUUCUUUUGUCUUUGGCAGCAGCAAUCGAUUUCCGUUCAGCAAUCUGUGGGCCUCGCUUUACGGCAAUGUUAUUCAUAAUCAAUUACCAUAUCGCAACUUUUCGCGUUAUCUCCUGGGCCUGUGGUUGCUGUGCACAUUAGUCCUACGGUCCGCAUAUACCGGACAGCUUUUUAUCAUGUUGCAGGAUGGUCGCGCACUCACACCGUUAAAAUCAUUUAAGGAGAUAGUCGAACAGAAUUACACGGUUAAUACCGCACCAGUAUUGACCGAGUUAUUGAGUUCAGCGCUUGGCGAAUCGUCUAUUGGUCAUAUUGAUGGCGGUAAAAACUCUAUGCCGAGGAUAUUGAAACGAAUCGCUCACGGUUCUAAGGAAGCACUGACUAUAAUCGAGCCAGCAUUGCUUUACUUCAACUAUGAACAGACCACGGAGGAUGAAAGGGUGGCAAUUCUGCCGCAAAAGUUAAUAAUGACGCCGCUCACAAUGUAUAUGCCCAAACAUUCCUAUCUGCUUUGGCCAAUCAACAGAAUUAUUCUCGAGUUCAUUGGAGUUGGCAUAGUGGAUAAAUUUGAGAAAAGUUAUCGCUCGAUCAACCCGGUCACUGAAUCCCAAGAGCCUGUAAAGUUGUCACUGUUCCUGCUGCUGGGCAUAUUUAGCCUCUAUGGAGCUCUACUGAUCCUAUGUAUUCUGAUUUUCCUCUUGGAGCUUUGGACAGUUCGAUCGCCUUUGACUAAAAUGCUGAUGGAUUUUUUGAACUAUUAAGCGGGGAUUGCGAAUAAUAUAUUAAUGAAAUGUUUGAAGAAAACAAUAUAAUAUUACUUAGAGAAGUAACCAAAUUGUUCCUAGC